AAUAUAACUCAUUUAUUUCACCAUGCUAGAAACGUGUUGGUCUACGAUUUUGGUGGCGGCACAUUUGACGUGUCGGUGCUCAAGCUAAUUAUGGGUCGGGUAGAGGUGUUGGCGGUGGGCGGAGACAAUCACUUGGGCGGCGACGAUAUCGACCAGAAUAUCAUUGACUACUGUUUGGACGACUUUCGCAAACAAACCGGCGUUCGUGUGGACCGCGAGUCGGCUGAGGGCGAGCGGGCCUUACGCGCGCUGAAAGACCGGUGCGAACGGGAGAAGUGGCGUCUGUCCGAAGCCACGGCCGUCACCAUCGCUGUGGACAACAUCGCCGGUGGGCGCGAUCUGGCCGUCGAGUUGACUCGAGCCGACUUUGAACGGCUCAACAAACAACUGUUUGACCGUACGAUGGAUUGCGUGACCCGCACUCUGGCCAGUGUUAACGAGGGCGCAGGUAUGCAACCGCACGACAUCGACGAUAUACUACUGGUCGGCGGCUCGACGUAUAUUCCGUGCGUUAAGGAUAUGAUUAGGAGGUAUUUCAAUGGACGCCAGCCCUCCCAGACGGUGAACCCGAUGCUUGUUGUGGCAGAGGGGGCGGCCAUUCAGGCUGCGAUUGUAAACGGCAAUCAGGCGCAUAGAUAUAGACACUUACGCGUGCUGGACGUUACGCCACACUCGCUCGGCAUAGCAACCUGUCCAUUGGUGGACAAGGUUAGAAUGUAUGACGUAAUGAGCGUUAUCAUACCGGCCCAGUCGCGGGUGGACGGUGUGGACCGAAUCAAAACAUACUGUACUUUAAAUGACAACCAAACAGAUAUGAGUAUUGAGGUGUACGAGGGCGAGGACCCGGUGGUCACCCGUAACGCACUGUUAGGCAAGUUUGUGGUGACAGGUAUACCGCCGGACGGGGCCGGCAAACAGAGUGUGGAUGUGUUGUUUUGCGUGAACGAUGACGGGGUGUUGAAAGUUAGGGCUACGGUGCUAUCGCACGGCGCUGUACACGAGUAUGAAGUGGCCGAACAUAAGGGCCGGCUAUCCAUGGAUGAGCUGCUCAGCCGUCGUCGUAGUCGCCGGUGA